AUAUGAAAGUUGCUUGUCAAACAGAAGAAACGCCUACAAAUGAAGUUGGUUGUCAGACUGAAGAAAGUGCACCUCCUGCAAGAAUAGAAGAAUCAGCUCCUCCUAGUAACGAUAAUUUAUCUCCAGAAAGAGAUAGGAAAGCUUUAUGGGAAAUCAUCGGAGAGGAUGCAUAUUUAGAAGUAAUAUUUUUUUAA